AUGGGAGAAACAGAGACCUUCGCAUUUCAAGCUGAAAUCAACCAGCUUCUCAGUCUUAUCAUCAACACUUUUUACAGCAACAAGGAAAUCUUCCUUCGAGAACUCAUAAGCAAUUCCUCCGAUGCGUUGGAUAAGAUUCGAUUUGAGAGCUUGACGGACAAGAGCAAGUUGGAUUCGCAGCCGGAGCUUUUCAUUAGGAUUGUCCCGGACAAGGUUAACAAGACUUUGACUAUUAUUGAUAGCGGCGUUGGCAUGAGUAAAGCAGAUUUGGUGAACAAUUUGGGGACAAUUGCAAGGUCUGGGACAAAGGAAUUUAUGGAGGCAUUGCAGGCCGGGGCUGAUGUUAGUAUGAUUGGUCAGUUUGGUGUAGGUUUUUACUCUGCUUACCUCGUGGCCGAGAAAGUUAUUGUGACAACCAAACACAAUGAUGAUGAACAAUAUGUCUGGGAAUCCCAGGCUGGAGGUUCUUUCACUGUAACAAGAGAUGUUAGUGGUGAGCCUUUGGGAAGGGGUACUAAAAUAACUCUCUUCCUCAAGGAUGAUCAGUUGGAAUACCUGGAAGAGAGGAGAAUAAAAGAUCUUGUUAAAAAACAUUCUGAGUUCAUAAGCUACCCAAUAUAUCUCUUGGUUGAGAAGACCACAGAGAAAGAGAUCAGUGAUGAUGAAGACGAGGAGACAAAGAAGGAAGAUGAGGGUGAUGUUGAGGAAGUUGACGAGGACAAAGAGAAGGACAAAAAGAAGAAGAAGAAAAUAAAGGAAGUAACACACGAAUGGCAGCAGAUCAACAAGCAGAAACCCAUCUGGCUCCGUAAACCUGAAGAGAUUACUAAGGAAGAGUAUGCUUCAUUCUACAAGAGUUUAACAAACGACUGGGAGGAACACCUUGCUGUGAAACACUUCUCUGUUGAAGGGCAGCUCGAAUUUAAGGCUAUUCUCUUCGUCCCAAAGAGGGCUCCUUUUGAUCUAUUUGACACAAGGAAGAAGAUGAACAACAUUAAGCUAUAUGUCAGGAGGGUCUUCAUUAUGGACAACUGUGAGGAGCUCAUUCCUGAGUACCUUAGCUUUGUCAAGGGUGUGGUGGAUUCUGACGAUCUGCCACUUAACAUCUCUAGAGAAACGCUUCAGCAGAAUAAGAUUCUCAAGGUCAUCCGGAAAAAUCUGGUGAAGAAGUGUAUUGAGAUGUUCUUUGAAAUUGCAGAAAACAAAGAGGAUUACACGAAAUUCUAUGAAGCCUUCUCCAAGAACAUCAAGUUGGGUAUUCAUGAAGACAGCCAGAACAGGGGUAAACUUGCUGAUCUUCUCAGAUACUACUCUACAAAAAGCGGUGAUGAGAUGACCAGCUUGAAGGACUAUGUCACAAGGAUGAAGGAUGGUCAGAAGGACAUCUACUAUAUCACUGGUGAGAGUAAGAAAGCGGUUGAGAACUCUCCAUUCUUAGAGAAGCUUAAGAGGAGGGGAUAUGAAGUGCUCUUCAUGGUCGAUGCUAUUGACGAAUAUGCUGUUGGUCAAUUAAAAGAGUAUGACGGAAAAAAGCUAGUGUCUGCAACCAAAGAAGGCUUGAAGCUUGAUGACGAAUCUGAGGAAGAGAAAAAGAAGAAGGAAGAAAAGAAGAAAUCGUUCGAGAAUCUCUGCAAAGUUGUCAAGGACAUUCUAGGGGAUAGGGUGGAGAAAGUGGUGGUUUCUGAUAGGAUUGUGGACUCUCCAUGCUGCUUGGUUACUGGGGAAUAUGGUUGGACAGCUAACAUGGAAAGAAUUAUGAAAGCUCAAGCAUUGAGGGACACCUCCAUGGGUGCUUAUAUGUCAAGCAAAAAGACUAUGGAGAUUAACCCGGACAAUGGUAUCAUGGAGGAGCUGCGAAAGAGGGCCGAGGUUGACAAAAACGACAAGUCAGUGAAGGACUUGGUGCUGCUUCUCUUUGAGACUGCGCUGUUGACUUCUGGAUUCAGUCUCGAUGACCCUAACACAUUUGCUUCAAGAAUUCACAGAAUGUUGAAGUUGGGUCUUAGCAUUGAUGAGGAUGAGACUGGUGCUGAUGAUGCUGACAUGCCUGCACUGGAAGAGGAAAACGAGGAAAGCAAAAUGGAGGAAGUUGACUAA